AUGUCUUCGUGGCUUUAUCACAGGGAAUGCAACUCAUAUGCCAACACAUACACAAAGCGGACAGACUGGUUCUUCAAUCCACCCGUCUCUUUUACACCUUCUGUUGGCGGCGGAAGUGUCACUGCGUCCUACUGCGCAAACGCGUGUAACACCCGGUCGGACUUUGUAUGUGUGGCGUACUACUAUAGAAAGAGUACUGGUGGGUACUGUAUUCUACGACCCAUGCGAGUACACGAUAACACCAACCACCAACAGUACGACAACACCGACUCGACUUACGACGAGUACAUUCGGGAUUGUGAUAUACCCUGCCCUGACCCUCCAUAUGUAGCCUACACAUCCGUGUCUGGAACAGGAUCAACUAGAUCAUAUACGUGUGAUGCCGGUGCUAACCAUGUAUCGGGGGACAAUCCAGCCACAUCGACCUGCUCGAGUGGUUCCUGGUCAAGUGUUAACAUCCAAUGCACAAAAUGUAGUUCGUAUGGAAGCACAUACACACAGCGGACGGAUUGGUUCUUCAAUCCCCCCGUCUCGUUUACACCUUCUAUUGGCGGCGGAAGUGUCACUGCGUCCUACUGCGCAAACGCGUGUAACACUCGGUCGGACUUUGUGUGUGUGGCGUACUACUAUAGAAAGAGUACUGGUGGGUACUGUAUUCUACGACCCAUGCGAGUACACGAUAACACCAACCACCAACAGUACGACAACACCGACUCGACUUACGACGAGUACAUUCGAGAUUGUGGAUAAAAUAUUGGUCUAGCCCAAGAAGAACCCUGUUCUUAUACCGGAUUUAAAACGAGAAGUCUUUCAUAUUGCAUUUUAUUUUCUUUCAUUAAAUAUUCAAACUUAAUCGAGAUAAUAAGUUCAACAGCUGUGCUGUACCUUGUUUUUUUUUUAAAAAUUUAGUUCAGAUUUCUGUCUAGAUUACAGAAUUAUGAUAAGGUUAGGUUAUUAUUCAAAAUCAUCUUGGAAUCAUAAUUAUAUCAAAGCUGUACAAGGCAUAUCACAAUUACGGUGAAUAUUUUGGCAUUUUAUUCUUCCGAGUGAAGUAUUCAUCUUAAGGUUCAACACACCUGGUAAUUGUUAAGUCCUUUUUAUACAAUAAUUACAUGCACAAAUUGCAUAUCUGUAGAAACUGUAAUUUCAAAUAAAGGUACUUAAUUCUGUAAAUAGUAUUGUUGUAAAUUUAUAUACAUCUUAAAAUAGCGUU